UGCUGUCACAGCAGACGAACGUUCUGAAGAGUUAGCGGUUAUUGUGAGUGUCAUCAUACUUUAUUACAUGUCCACUGAUUUCUAUCCGUCCGUCCGGUGUUUCUGCUACGUUGAUCAUAUUCUGUGAAUUUAUGGAAUGUUUGAAUUACCAGAUAUCUUUAAAUUCUUGUUUGUAUUAGCAUAAGGCGCCUAGUGCGCCUCCCGUCACGAUGAACAUGUGUCGGGUUCGACUGUUAUUCUACUUUUUGGCGUUUAGCCUACUCCCUUUUGUCCGUUCUGACGAGCAUACUCACAUCUAUGAAGAUAACGAUGAAGUUGUACUAUGGAUGAGUACAGUUGGACCAUAUCACAAUCGUCAAGAAACCUAUUCUUAUUAUUCACUACCUUUCUGCAUGGGCACAAAAGAUGUCAUUAAUCAUUAUCAUGAAACCUUUUCUGAAGCAUUACAAGGCAUUGAACUUAAAUUUAGUGGUUUGGAAAUUGAAUAUAAAGCUGAUGUUGCAAAGGUGGAAUAUUGUCAGAUAAAAUUAACUGAAGAAAGUGAGAAAGCUUUUAUAUAUGCAGUUAAGAAUCAAUAUUGGUAUAAGAUGUAUAUGGAUGAUCUGCCAAUAUGGGGUGUCGUGGGAGAACCAGAGGAGAACAAUGGAGUUGUAUCUUAUUAUAUUUGGACACACAAGAAGUUUGAUAUAGGAUAUAAUGGAAAACAAAUAGUUGAUGUAAAUUUAACCAGUGAAAACAAGGUGAAAUUAGUACAAGGAGCAGCUAUUUUUUUCAGUUACGAAGUUAAUUGGAAGAAGAGCAAUGUUAAAUUUGAAGAUAGAUUUGAUAAAUAUUUAGAUCCUAACUUUUUCCAACAUAGAAUUCACUGGUUCAGUAUUUUUAAUAGUUUUAUGAUGGUAAUUUUCCUUGUCGGUCUUGUUUCAAUGAUUUUGAUGCGUACAUUAAGAAAGGAUUAUGCUAGAUAUAGUAGAGACGAAGAAAUGGACGACAUGGAACGGGAUUUAGGAGAUGAAUACGGAUGGAAACAAGUUCAUGGAGAUGUAUUUAGACCAGCUAGUCAUGCAAUGCUGUUUUCAGCUCUUAUAGGUGCAGGCUAUCAGGUUACAGUAGUUGUUCUCAGUGUCAUUAUUUUUGCUAUACUUGGAGAACUUUAUACAGAAAGAGGAUCAAUGUUAUCUACAGCAAUUUUUGUAUAUGCUGCUACAUCACCUAUAAAUGGCUAUGCUGGAGGAGGUUUAUACGCACGUAUGGGCGGACGUAUUUGGAUAAAACAAAUGAUCGCCAGUGCCUUUAUGUUACCUCUUAUCGUUUGUGGCACUGCAUUUUUCAUUAAUUUCAUCGCAAUGUAUUACCAUGCUAGCCGGGCCAUACCUUUUGGUUCUAUGGUGGCAGUGACAUGUAUUUGUAUAUUUGUUAUAUUGCCAUUAACAUUAGUUGGAACCAUUUUAGGCCGCAACUUAGCUGGAACACCGGAUGCUCCGUGUAGAGUAAACGCGGUACCUCGACCUAUUCCCGAAAAAAAAUGGUUCAUGGAACCACUAGUUAUUAUAAUGCUCGGUGGUAUCUUACCCUUUGGAUCAAUAUUCAUUGAAAUGUACUUCAUUUUUACCUCAUUUUGGGCAUACAAAAUCUACUAUGUUUACGGAUUUAUGUUGCUAGUAUUCGUUAUUCUAAUGAUAGUAACUGUUUGUGUUACUAUUGUGUGUACAUACUUUUUGCUAAACGCUGAAGACUAUCGAUGGCAGUGGACAAGUUUUUUAGCUGCAGCUUCAACGGCUGGAUAUGUCUAUAUAUAUUCCUUCUAUUAUUUCUUCUUUAAAACGAAAAUGUACGGUCUUUUCCAAACAGCAUUUUACUUUGGUUACAUGGCGUUAUUCAGCCUUGCUUUGGGCAUAAUGUGUGGAACAGUCGGUUAUGUCGGUACUAACGCAUUUGUACGAAAGAUUUAUUCCACAGUGAAAAUAGACUAAAGCACAAUUUUAGUGUAACGUCUACGUCAUGGAUUAAAAUAAGAACGUACAAAGUGAUAUCUACUGGUCUUCAUGAAGUACAGUUCUUCUUUUCGGUAGUUUAAAUUAUUUACGUUCAUCGUGAUGCGCAAAUGCAGCUUGUGGAAAGAACCUUCUAAAUUAACAUCAUUUACCUGCCGUUGCCGAUAACGUGAAUACUUAAACAAAUGAUACUUUCAUUAUUAUAUAUUUCGAAACUAUUCAACAAUUGUUUUAUUAUUAUUAUUAUUAUUAUUAUUAUUAUUAUUAUUAUUAUUAUUAUUAUAUUAAUAUAAUAUCGUAACAAUAUUUUCAUUUCGGACGAGAGAUUAAUUUAUAUGCUGCAAUUUAAUUUCUAAAGUGGGGUCCUACGACGGACAGUAUACAUUUUUAAAACGUACUGUUCGUGUAUUAUUCGUCUCGAGUCACAGUUUCGUAUUACCUGAAAUGCAAACUCCGAUAAAUGUAACUUUAAAAUUACUAUUUUACUUGUAACAACUGACUAUGUAAUGUUGCUCAAUUUCGCUAAAUUUUACUGGAGUCUCGCAAAUUUUAUUUUAAUUUUUAAGCUUAUACAAAGAACAUAGAAAUUUCUGUAAAUUAUAAACUAUUUUGAGAACUGAAAUAUGUGAACAAUUUGUCGUGCAUUAUACGAAUAUACAUAUAUAUACUACAAAAACUUUCUUUUAAAAUAUACAUUAAAGAAACUAAAUAUCUAAAUUUUGUAUUAAAAUAUUAAUAUUGUGAAACAUUAGAUAAUAUCAUUAAUUGCAAUUUCAAAAAAUCAAGAUUGAGAAAGCAGAAAGAAAUGCAAAUUAUUACAUGUAAGUUGUACAGUAUAAAUUUUCAAUACAGUUUAUGCAAAAUGUACACGAUGUUUCAGUUAACGUAAUUAAAACAUUGUUUCAAUUAUGUGACUUUAAAUCAAAUAUGUUAAUCAUAAAGAUUAUCAACGAUUUAACUGACGUUAAUUUGUAGACGAGCUAGAUAAUAAACGUGAACAUAAGACAUUUUUUUACCAAGAUCUUCUUGAUAUAUAUCACAACAUUUGGUUCAUGUGAAUAUCCUUUAUUAUAAAUUGUGAAUAUACUGAUAACGUGUAAAGUAUUGUGAGUUUAGAAGUGGAGAUAAUAUGAUCCUUCUAAUUGCGGUCCUCCGUAAACGGCUAAAUGUCUGCGUAUCUAAUCGCUGUUCAAAAGCAAACGACUAGAAAAACGGGAUUGGCAUUUGGGAAUCACAGCGAACGUGUUUGACCUAAUAAUAUAUUGUCAAAAGACAAGUAUUAGCAAGGAGAAUCGAGUAAAUAUAUCGUUUAUUGUUAGACGUAGUAAUUCUAAGAAAUAUAAAAUUUCUACCUAUAACAAA